UGCCAGCCUCGCAGGCGAAGCGAGCCGGCACUCUCUAGGAAACCCUCGAUGAGGGCAGCGCUCGGCCAGCCAGGGGGCCUGCAGCAGAUCAGUGCCCAGGACCCUGCAGCCCACGGUCCUGGCCAGCCGGCCAGCGCUCUGCUCUGAUUAUUCCUGUUGCCUGGCUAGUGACCCCCUACAGGAAGAUAAGGGAUAAGCCAGGAGGGCGGAGCAGCAGCUGCACAUGUCUGGCUGCAUUUAUCAACUUAUCAUAUAAGGGAAGGAGAGUGAUUGAUUCGGAUACUGACACGGGAGAACCUGGGGAAGGAGAAACAAAGAACAUGCAGGCUGCUCUGUGAGCCCAGAGCCCGCCCCAGUGAGCCGGCUGCUCUUCCCACUGCAGUCUGACAGUUCACUGCAUGCCCAGAGAGGCGACGGCUCCAGAAAGCAAGGCUGCUCCCAGGCAGGAGGAAAGAGGAGGCUCAGCCAUGCAGCGCGGGCCAGCGUGCUAGGAGGCAGCUUGGGACUCUGAACUCACAUGUGCCUGGACGUCUGCUGAGCUGGUGGUUUCUAACCCGAAGAGAGAAUGUGGCAGAUUGUUUUCUGUACUUUGGGCUGUGAUCUUGUCUUGGCCGCAGCCUACAACAACUUUCGGAAGAGCGUGGACAGCACCGGGAGAAAGCAGUACCAGGUCCAGCACGGGCCGUGCAGCUACACAUUCCUGCUGCCCGAGAUGGACAGCUGCCGCUCUGCCUCCAGCCCCUACGUGUCCAAUGCGGUGCAGAGGGACGCGCCCCUGGACUACGACGACUCCACACAGAGGCUGCAGGUGCUGGAGAGCAUGCUGGAGAACAACACGCAGUGGCUGAUGAAGCUGGAGAGUUACGUCCAGGACAAUGUGAAGAGGCAGAUGGCCGAGCUCCAGCAGAACGCUGUGCAGAACCAGACCGCCGCGAUGAUUGAGAUAGGGACGAACCUGCUGAACCAGACGGCACAGCAGACGCGGAAGUUAACGGACGUGGAAGCCCAGGUAUUAAAUCAAACAACAAGACUCGAACUUCAGCUUCUAGAACAUUCACUUUCUACCAACAAGCUGGAAAAACAGAUUUUGGAUCAGACCAGUGAAAUAAGCAAGUUACAAGAUAAGAACAGUGUCUUGGAGCAGAGAGUGCUGGACAUGGAGGACAAGCACUCGGUGCAGCUACAGUCCAUGAAGGAAGAGAAGGCGGAGCUCCAGGUAUUGGUGUCCAAGCAAAACUCCAUCAUCAAGGAGCUGGAGAAGCAACUGGUCACUGCCACCGUGAACACCUCGGCCCUUCAGAAGCAGCAGCUGGAUCUGAUGGAGACUGUCCACAACUUAAUGACUAUGAUAGCAGCACCAAACUCUAAGAAUUCCAUUGCCAAGGAAGAACAGAGAGUAUACAGAGACUGUGCUGCUGUAUUCAAAGCCGGACACACCACCAGUGGUGUCUACACACUCACGUUUCCCAACUCUACAGAGGAGAUAAAGGCCUACUGCGACAUGGAGAUGGGCGGGGGCGGCUGGACGGUCAUUCAGCGCCGGGAAAACGGCAGCGUUGAUUUCCAGAGGACUUGGAAAGAGUAUAAAGUGGGCUUCGGGAACCCCGCGGGAGAGCACUGGCUGGGGAACGAGCUGGUCUCCCAGCUGACCAGAUUGCAGGGCUACAUGCUCAGGAUCCACCUGCAGGACUGGGAGGGCAGCGAGGCGUACUCCCUGUAUGAGCACUUCUCCCUGGCCAGCGAGGAGCUCCAGUACCGGAUUCACCUUAAAGGACUCACAGGCACAGCCGGCAAAAUAAGCAGCAUAAGCCAACCAGGAAAUGAUUUUAGCACAAAGGAUGCAGACAACGACAAAUGUAUUUGCAAAUGUUCACAAAUGCUAACAGGAGGCUGGUGGUUUGAUGCAUGUGGCCCUUCCAACUUGAACGGAAUGUACUAUCCGCAAAGGCAGAACACAAACAAGUUCAACGGGAUUAAGUGGUACUAUUGGAAGGGGUCAGGCUACUCACUGAAGGCCACCACCAUGAUGAUUCGGCCAGCAGAUUUCUAGUGCUGAGGUCCACUCAGGAGCUGCACACCUGCAAAGCGGAUCCAAAGCACUGACCCACACUGCCACAUGCCAUCUCCUCUCCCUCCCACCUAGGCAGCUCCUGGCCAUGGGGUCCACCACCUUCUGACUAGAGCAGAGUCUGGAACAGCACUGCUACUGCAUGGCUGAAGGAACCACAGCAAAGUCCAGGGCCACAAGCAACCUGGCAGUGUGGGCUGGUGGCGCACCUAUGUGUGAUGAAUUCAAGGCUGAGAUGCGAUGACAACUCACAGACUCUCGUGUCACAACCAAGAAUGUCAUGUGCGAGUUUCUCAGUAAAUAACUGGAAAACAGAUAAUCUUGGAACUGCAUUCCUCCGAGCACUGUUUAUAGACCAUGUAAAUAUCCAUAUGUCCUGAAUUUAGCAUCACUAUUAUAAUUAAAGGAAGACAAUUCUCUAAGCCAUAAAAACAUACUAUAUAUUCAGGGAUUUUUCUGAGAAGUGGUUAUUACAAUUUAAUAUUUGGAAAAACAUAGUGUAUUUUUA